AUGGAAGCUGUAACGAAGCGCCACUUUUUCCACCAUGGCCCAGACCAAGAGGUGGCCAUCGAGGAGCGACAAAACUGCCACUGGUGUCAGCUCCGUUCUUUUCGGACCCACAAGACACUCCCUGUCACCAUCGUCAACGAUACAGGCGAUGGCCAAGUCCUCCCGUCCAACUUUCGUUUCAUCGAGCGCUCUGUCCUAGGCGCCGGCGUUCCCCCUACCGCAGACGAGUUUCGCUAUGGUUGUGACUGCCCCGACGAGGACUCUUGCAUGUACGCCGGCUGUGCUUGCCUGGACGAGAUGGCCGGCUCUGACGACGACCAAGAGGACUCCAUGACGGGCGAGCUUGACAAGGAGGACGAGGAGCCAGAAUGGGCAAGACAGAGGGGCAGUAGGCAGAGCUCCAGAGACGACGCCGCGCCCUCGCCGGCGCCCGCCGCUGAUACCGGAAAACAGCUGAGAAAGAAGCGUUUCGCCUACCACUCCCAAGGCGCCAAGGCUGGUCUCCUGCGUGGAUCGGAGCUGGAAAACUCGCGCGCCCCCAUCUAUGAGUGUCACGAGGGCUGCCGCUGCAGCAAAGCUGGGUGUCCUAAUCGCAUCGUGGAGCGUGGUAGGCAGGUUCCCCUGCAGAUCUUCCGCACAGACAACCGAGGCUGGGGCGUCAAGACAAUGCGCGCGUUGAAGCGUGGUCAAUUCGUGGAUUGCUAUUUAGGCGAGAUUAUCACCCCCAGUGAGGCCGAGAGGAGGCGUCACAACGCCAGCAAGGCCCAGCGCAAGGAUGUCUACCUGUUUGCUCUGGAUAAAUUCACAGACCCCGAGUCCAACGACCUCCGCCUGCGCGGCGCACCACUGGAGUGCGACGGAGAGUUCAUGUCUGGGCCGACUCGAUUCAUCAACCACAGCUGUGAACCUAACCUCCGGAUUUUUGCGCGUGUGGGCGAUCAUGCUGACAAGCAUAUCCACGACCUCGCGCUGUUUGCCAUUGAGGAUGUGCAGAAGGACGAGGAGCUGACUUUCGACUACGUCGACGGGCAAGGGGAGAUAGCAAGCAACGCCAGAGAUGCGGCGCUUCAAGGUGAGAUGACAAGGUGUCUGUGUGGGAGCGAGAAAUGUAGAGGCUACCUGUGGUGA